GCCGUGCCUGCAGGCGGACACAGAGUCUUUCUCUCUGCCUGGUGAAGUGCUUGAUUCCUCGCUGUGAGUUAUGAGUGUCGCGGUGGUGGAUGGCUGCUUUUUGUCCGCCCUGCAGCCCAACUCCUCCUGCACUGCUUAUGUUAUCCCCUCGGAUGACCUGUCUUCAGACCCGGUGGCUAAGGCCAGGAGGGUCCGGGAGCAGGUACGGAUGCGGUUGGCCGAGAAGAAAUCCUCCUCCUUAACCCGACUGGACGACUCACAGCUGGGAGCAACAGAGUACAGUUUCCCUGCAGCAAAGAGCUACACUCACAGCCAUGGCUUCAGUUCCAGAUCCAUGAUACACACACCCAGCCGUAUCAUAGCGGUACCCACAGUGCCCCUGCGCUCCUCUGGUUACUCCUCUCGCUCUGCUGUGGAAAGCAGUUCCAAGGUGAACCAUUCAGGAGCCAGCAUGGUCCAUAGCAGCUACCAGGCCACCCAAUCACAGAGCAGAAGCAGACGAUCUAAGUCGCUGUGCCAGGCAGACCAGGAGGCACUUCCUCUAACUGUGUUGGCUCCCCCAGAGAACACCUCCUACCAAGUGCCUUCCCCCGGAGCCCUAAGGCGCAGCCUCAGUGGAACACUGGCCCAGGGAAGAGGGUACUGGCAGGAAGAGGAGAUACCGUACCAGUAUACCUACAAAGGCCCCUCUCACCGCACCAUCAGCCGCAUCACCAACCGCCAGCAGCACUACCAGCAGCACAACUCUGGUUAUGGCCAGGAUGGCAUGAUGGGGCCUGGCAGGGGGGUCCCCAUGGCAGGGGAUGGCUGGGGGACGCAGUGGAAGCAGCAUGUCUCCAGGGCCAGUCAUGGUUUUGGGACAGGACAGUACCAAGCCUCCCUGCACCGGGCAGCCUCGCUGCGCAGUGUGAGGAGUGUUGGGAAAGGAGCGGAUGUUUUGGAUGGAGCAUCGAUUCACAGCAACGACCCACUGGGAGGGAUGCAUGGUCUGGAUAUGCCUACAGCUGUCAGGUAUCUGUCUGAGUCGGACACUGCCUUACAAGUUCUGGGAGCUGCAUAUAUACAACACCAGUGUUACCAUAGCAAUGAUGCUAAAAAACAGGUUCGGGUUCUACACGGUGUUCCAGCUCUGGUUGAGCUUUUCUCCAGUGACAACCAGGAAGUGCAGCGCUUUGCCACUGGCGCCACACGGAACCUCAUCUAUGAAAACAUCGACAACAAGGUGGCUCUCAUAGACGCCGGUGGAGUGGCGCGUCUCGUCAGCAUCCUGAGCGUACCCGACGAUGAGCUUCGAAAGAACAUCACUGGUGUACUGUGGAAUCUGUCCUCCAGAGACAAUCUGAAGGAGAAGCUGUCCAAAGAAGCUUUAUCAGAUCUGACAGAGAAAGUACUGAUUCCUCUGAGCGGCAGCAUCCCACUCAGCCCGUCUGAGAGAGACAUCUUUAACAACACCACCGGCUGCCUCAGGAACUUGAGCUCAGUGAAUGAGAGGACGAGACAGAAGAUGAGAGAUAUGCGAGGCCUGGUGGACUCCUUGGUUUUAUACAUUCAACAAGAAGACAGGGCAGAUGACAAGGGUGUGGAGAACUCACUGUGUGUGUUGAGGAAUCUGUCCUACCAGCUGUACCAGGAGCUUCCUCCCUCAGUACGGCACCGCCUGGAGGGCCCGACAAGAGACUCUGCAUCCAGGGACAGCGAGGCUAUUGGCUGCUUCACCUUGUAUAACAAAAAACACAGCGAGCAGCGUAACCAGAAUCUGACCAUACUUUCUGAGGUGUCCCGUCAGCCUAAGGGGGCUGAGUGGCUCUGGCACCCUAAGAUAGUGACACUGUACAAGCUUGUUCUGCAAAACAGCGACAGCAGCUCCACCAGCCGUGAGGCCGCCAUAGGAGCCCUGCAAAAUAUCACUGCAGGAGAUGCCAGGUGGGCAUCAGUGCUGGGUGGUGUGAUUUUGGAGCAGGAGAGGAUGCUGCCCAUCCUGCUGGAACUGUUAGACACUGAUAAUGAAUCGGAGCUGAAACCUCUGACUGGACUUCUGAGAAACCUGGCCAAGCAUUCCUCCAACAAGGACCACAUAGCUAAGAACAUGGUGAAUGUGAUGGUGGCCAAGCUGCCCAGCGAUGGCCAUCAGAAAACACCAUCUGGGGAGGUGGUGGUCAACGUCUGUGGAGCCCUCAAUCACCUGGUCACCUGUAGUUCCCUGGCAGCUCGUGACAUCGCAUACUUCAACGGCCUUCCCAAACUGAUGGGCAUCAAAACGUCCCACGAUCAUAGCUCUGGGAGUCUAAAAGCUGCCAGAGCAGCAUCAACUGUCCUCAGCAACAUGUUUCAGUACAACAAGCUGCACAGAGACUUCAAACAGAAAGGAUUCACUCGUCGAGAUUUCACAGAUAUCACCAUCUAAGUUGCAGGACAUUACAUGAUUAAUUCCAAGCGUUGGACCUUAAGGGUCAAGGUUGCUGUGAGGAAUAGAAGAGGAACAAAAGGAUAUAAUGUGCAGAUGAUCUUACUCUGAUGGACUUCUAGGAGGAGAUAAAAUGGACUGGAGCAAGUAAAGCGAAAGGUCCUAUCUCUGGUGGUUUUGUGGUUAACCUGGCUUGGCUUACAACAAAUAGACUGUGGUGAAGUGAACUUAUACUGCUAAUGCUCAAAGACACAGUGGACUUCACCCUCCAAAAAUUGUUACAUGCUCUGUGUGUAUAUUUAGAUUUUGACUGAUGUUUUUCUUGUUACACUGACCCUAAUUCCAUUUAUUUUGGACUUUUGCUGGUAGCUGAUAAAAUAAAUUAUGUUCUAAAUUUCAGUUAUAUUUUAAAGUGUUAGGUGCAGAAUGCCCUGAUUCUCCCCUGUUCACUUGGAUUCGCCAGCAAGCCUCACAGGGAGGGUGUGAUGUGUGCUGAAGUUGGCAGUACCCCUUCAUACUUACAAAUCAGGGACAUGAUCCUUCACCAGCUUCCCACCCACAAACACCUCUGUGUUAGAUGGACACAGCCAUGUUAACCUAACCCUGUAUAUCAGAAAACUAAUACAUCAGCCUGACUAUAUUGUUUGUGUGCACUUGUGGCUGUGAAUGUGCUGUAGUUUGUGUAGUCAUACCAUGUUAUUAGGUGUUUUCGGACCAAACGAGUCUGGGUGCUCCCAGAGAGGAACUAUCCACUGGGGAGCU